AUGGCAGCUGCCUUGGAGCAGUUCUGUGGCUCUGUUUUCUGGAACUCCUCUUUCCUGGAUCGUGACGAUGCUGACCUGCCACUCUGCUUUGAGCAGACUGUUCUCACCUGGGUCCCUCUGGGGUUUGUCUGGCUCUUUGGUCCAUGGCAGCUUCUCCCUAUGUGCAGAUCCAAGAGAAAGAAAUCAUCAGUCACUCGCAUUUACUUCACUAAGCAGGCACUGACUAUUCUUCUCUUACUGUUGGCACUAACUGAGCUGAUCUUCACCAUUGUCCAAGACUUAGGGCAACAAUCAACCGCUACCAGUCAAACUCCUGCUGUCCAAUACACAAAUCCUGUACUCUAUGUCAUCACUUGGCUACUUGUUUUGUUGAUCCACUAUAGUCGUCGCUUUGGCACACGCAGAGACUCAUGGACUCUCUUCCUCUUCCUCAUCCUUUCUGUGCUCUGCGGCAUGUUUCAGCUGCAGACUCUGAUUCGGCAAGCAGUUCAGGGCUCCAUCUCUGACAUACCGCGUUUCUGCCUCUUCAUUCUCUCCUAUGGGAUUCAAUUAUUCUUGGUGAUCAUCUCUGCAAUUUCUGACAUUGCCCCUGAAAUGAAGGAAGCUGCAAAGAAGAACCCAGAAAUCACAGCUUCCUUCCUGAGCUUCAUCACUUUCCACUGGUACAACAGGAUGUUGCUGAAAGGCUAUAAGAAGCCAUUGGAGAUGGAUGACCUAUGGGACUUGAAAGAUGCAGACAAGACAAGUCUAGUUUCAGGCACAUUUGAGAAGAACAUGCAAGCUGGCAUUAAAAAGGCCCGGCGGGAACUGGAGAUCCGGCACCGCAGGAGGAGACAUAGGUCACCAAUUAAUGACCAAAGGAAUGGCUUAAGCAAGGCCCAGAGUCAGGACGCAUUGGUUCUGGUAAACCAAAAACAGAAGAAAAAGAGGGUCAAAGGAGAUGCCAGAGGAGACUACACAAAGUCCUGGCUGCUUGUUGCUCUGAUGGAAACCUUUGCUGAGAACCUUCUGAAAUCAGUGGCUUUUAAGCUGGUGUAUGACUUGCUGGUGUUUGUGAGCCCACAGUUGCUGAAGCUGAUGAUCUCCUUUGUGUCGGAUCAAGAGGCCUACAUUUGGCACGGCUACCUCUAUGCAGUGCUGCUGUUUGCGACUGCGCAAGUGCAGACUUUCUGUCUGCAGCAGUAUUUCCUCCUCUGUUUCAACCUGGGCAUGAAUGUUCGCACCUCACUUAUGGCUGCCAUCUAUAAGAAGGCCCUCACAGUCUCCAAUGUCAUGCGCAAGGAAUCUACUGUUGGUGAGACAGUGAACCUGAUGUCCGCAGAUGCCCAGCGUUUUAUGGACUUUACAAACUUCGUGCACCAGCUGUGGUCAUCUCCACUGCAGAUUGCACUGUCUAUUGUGUUUCUGUGGGGAGAGUUGGGCCCAUCCAUGCUUGCUGGGAUCGGAGUCAUGGUGCUGCUUCUCCCCAUCAAUGCUGUGCUGGUCACCAAGGCCCGGGCCAUCCAGAUGCAGAACAUGGCAAACAAGGACGAGCGUUUGAAAAUAAUGAAUGAAAUUCUCAGUGGCAUAAAGAUUCUGAAGCUGUUUGCCUGGGAGCCAUCAUUUGAGCAGCGAAUCGGACAGAUCCGGGCACGGGAGCUGAAGGGGCUGCUGAAAUUUUCCUACCUGCAGGCGAUUUCCAUCUUCCUCUUCACUUGCGCUCCUGUCAUAGUCUCUGUGGUAACAUUUGCGGUUUAUGUAAUGGUGGGUGAGGAGAACGUCUUAGAUGCACAGAAGGCCUUCACCUCUAUCGCUCUCUUUAAUGUGCUGCGCUUCCCCCUCACCAUGCUCCCUCUGGUGCUCUCCUCCCUGGUGCAGGUCACCGUAUCUACAGAGCGGCUUGAACGGUACCUGGGAAGUGAUGACCUGGACACUUCCGCAAUAUGGCAUGACCCCGACCCUGACUGUGCUGUGCGUUUUUCUGACUCUUCCUUUGCCUGGGAACGGAACUCUGAUGCCACCAUUAGAGACAUAACCCUGAAAAUUCCACAUGGGCACUUGGUGGCUGUAGUGGGGGCUGUGGGAUCUGGAAAAUCCUCUUUGUUGUCAGCCAUGUUGGGUGAGAUGGAGAACAUCAAGGGGCAUGUCAAUAUUCAGGGCUCCGUGGCAUAUGUGCCUCAACAGGCAUGGAUUCAGAAUGCCACACUGAAGGACAACAUCCUUUUUGGGUCACCCCUUGAUGAAGCCCGAUACCAACAAGUGCUAGAGGCAUGUGCCCUACUUCCAGACCUGCAGCUGCUUCCCGGAGGAGAUCUUACAGAGAUUGGGGAGAAGGGAAUUAACCUAAGUGGAGGCCAGAAACAACGCGUUAGCCUGGCUAGAGCUGUAUACAACAAUGCAGAUAUCUACUUGCUGGAUGAUCCCCUCUCAGCUGUGGAUUCACAUGUAGGACGACAUAUUUUUGACAAAGUACUGGGACCAGAUGGGCUGCUGCAGCAUAAGACGCGGAUCCUAGUGACCCACAGCCUGAAUUUCCUGGCACAAGUUGAUGACAUUGUGAUGCUGGUGGCUGGAGCUGUGUCAGAACAGGGUUCUUACAGCACCUUACUGGCUAAUGGUGGGGAGUUUGCUCAGUUGCUCACCACAUAUGGGAACCAACAAGAGAACAUGCCCGAAGAGGAAGUCAUGGGUAAGAGGCAUCACCCUAAAUGGGUGGGGAUGGGUGAAGAGCUGGAACUAGAUGGAGACCCUGAGCCUGGAGCUGAAGAGAUGCCAGCUGACAUAGUGACCAUGACCCAGAAGAGCGAAGCCAGUAUUCAGCAGAAAAACUUCACCCGUAGGUCAGAGCCUUCUUCCUCCAGCCGGGGACUCAAGCCUCCUUCCAUGGAAGAAGUGAAAGGACAGAGGCUGAUUGAAAAUGAGGCUGUGGAAACUGGCAAGGUGAAGUUCACUGUGUACCUGCAGUAUUUGCGUGCUGUUGGGAGCGGAUUCUCGAUAUGGGUCUUCAUUGCCUACCUUGGGCAAUAUGUGGCCACAGUCGGUUCCAGCCUGUGGCUUAGUGCCUGGACGAAUGAUGCCCAGAAACUCAACCAGAAUGAUACGUACCCGGCCACCCAACGUGACAUGCGUGUUGGAGUCUAUGGGGCACUGGGUGUGGUCCAAGCUCUCUUCCUACUGGCCGGAUCCUUUCUUGCUUCCAACGGUGCCGUACGAGCCUCCCGCUUCCUGCACCUGCAGCUGCUCAGUAACAUCCUCCGAGCGCCCAUGAGUUUCUUCGAUACAACGCCAACAGGCCGCAUUGUGAAUAGGUUUGCCAAGGACAUUUUCACAGUGGAUGAGACCAUUCCAAUGUCAUUCCGCAGCUGGCUGAGCUGCUUUUUGGGAAUUCUCAGUACAUUGCUGCUGAUCUGCCUGGCUACACCUUACUUUGGAAUUAUCAUUGUGCCGCUGGGUAUCCUCUACUACUUUGUUCAGCAAUUCUACGUGGCCACAUCCCGCCAGCUGCGACGCCUGGACUCGGUCACCCGGUCUCCCAUUUAUUCCCACUUCAGUGAGACAGUGUCAGGCCUCUCUGUUAUCCGGGCCUACGGGCACCAGGAACGCUUCCUGUUGCACAAUGAGAAAAUUGUGGACGUCAAUCAGAAGUCUGUAUACUCCUGGAUCAUUUCCAACAGGUGGUUGGCUGUGCGCCUAGAAUUUGUGGGCAAUCUGGUGGUUUUCUUUUCGGCACUGCUGGCUGUCUUUUCCAAAGGCUCUUUGGAAGGUGGCAUUGUGGGACUGUCCAUCUCCUCAGCUCUCAAUGUGACUCAAACACUCAACUGGUUGGUACGGAUGACGUCGGAGCUGGAGACCAAUAUCGUGGCUGUAGAGCGUGUGCAUGAAUAUACACAGGUGGCAAAUGAGGCGCCAUGGGUGACAGCGCAGAGACCACCUCCCAACUGGCCCAGCAAAGGGGAGAUCUGCAUCGUGGACUACCGGGUGCGUUAUCGACCUGAGCUAGAGCUGGUUCUUGAUGGGAUCAACUGUGAUAUCAAGAGCACGGAGAAGGUUGGUGUCGUGGGCCGAACAGGAGCUGGGAAAUCCUCCCUCACUAACUGCCUCUUUCGCAUCCUGGAGGCAGCUGGGGGAAAGAUCCUGAUUGAUGGGCUGGAUAUAGCAACCAUUGGCCUGCAUGACCUGCGCCAGAACCUUACCAUCAUCCCGCAGGAUCCCGUUCUCUUUUCGGGGACCUUGCGCAUGAACUUGGACCCAUUUGACCAGUACUCGGAUGAGGAAGUCUGGCAUGCUCUCGAGCUAGCUCACCUGAAGUCUUACGUGCGUGACCUGCCUGAGGGACUGUCCCACCUAGUGAGCGAAGCUGGAGAGAACAUGAGCGUGGGACAGAGGCAACUUCUCUGUCUGGCUCGAGCCCUCCUCCGUAAAUCCAAAAUUCUGAUUCUGGAUGAGGCCACAGCAGCUGUAGACAUGGAAACUGAUCACUUGAUCCAAGAGACUAUCCGCAGCGAGUUUGCUAAGUGCACCGUGCUCACCAUUGCUCAUCGGCUACACACCAUUAUGGACAGCAACAGAGUGAUGGUGCUUCAGGCUGGGAAGAUUGUGGAAUUCAGCAACCCCGAGCAGUUGCUUCAAGAAGAAGGCAUCUUUGCUGGCAUGGCAAAGGAUGCCGGUAUUGUGGGAACCCAGGACAGUGCCCUGUAAGGGACAAGGGCAAGCCAGAACAAGGUCGGGCUGACUUCACAGGACUCUGCUGUAGCUGCCCAAGGGCUGGCCAGGCUGCCUUUGUUUCUUUGUAACACUUUAUCUGCUAGCAAUGGGCACCUGGGCUGUGCUUGCACUUCAUGGACCAGCUCCUGAUGCUGAACACAGGCACAUCUGGCUGAACUAGAAGAUUGCAGCUUUCCUAGAGGCCAGGAAAGAUGUAUUGAAGUUGUACUUUUAAAAGCACACCUUUCCUUCAAGAUGCAGCUCUGUUGAUCGUAACUUUUUUUUUUUUUGCUGUAUGUCUUUUAGACUUUCCAUUGAUUUCCAUGCCCUGCACUAGGCCACAAAGGCCUUUUGCUUCCUAUUUUGGCUGUUCCAUUUUAUGACAUGCACUUCCCUUCAUUUUCAUGAUGUUUUUGAAGUUCCACACAGCUAGUUUGCGUGCU